AUUGUGCAAACGUUAGUAGUCUCAUCAGGCCAAGAUGGCGGCAGUACGGGGCUGGGAUGAAGUGGAGGAAGAUUGGGAGUGAUUGCGGGGCUGUUUUGGCGGACUAUGGCCCGACUGGCCGACUAUUUCAUCGUCGUGGGAUUCGAUCACAAUAAAGAGCGAGGUAUUGGCACAGGACGUGGAAAAAUCCUACAACGUUUCCCAACAACAGACUGGGAGGAUGUGACGUUCCAUCAGGGCAUAGAACUGUUUUGCCAGCCAGGAGGAUGGAACCUGUCCAUGCAGCGGCGCCCGCCGGCGUUCUUUGUGGCAACGCUGACGGACAUGGACGCAGAGAGGCACUACUGCGCCUGCCUCAGCUUCAUGGAGCCGGUCGAGGUCCAGCCAAACCAGCCUGAUGACCAGGAGAGUGAGGAAGAGGAGGAGGAGGGAGUGGAGAAUGGGGAGAGGCCCAAACAGACGCUCAUGUUCGCCCCCAAGUCACUGGUGCUCGUGUCCAGACUACAGCAUUUUGAAACUUUUAGGCAUUGUUUAGGUAUCCUGUACACAGUGUACAUAGAGAACCAGUCUGUGCAGAUAGAGACUCUGGUGGGGAACAUACUGGGUAGUGUGCAUGUACCGCCACCCGGAGGACCACAGGUGAGAUUUUCCAUAGGAGCAGGAGACAGACAGGCCCUGCAGCCCCCACUGUCAGACAGCCUGCCUGUUACAGGGACAACCGUGGCCAUGCUCUUCAGACAACUGGGCAUCUACAACGUGAUCUGCCUGUUCUGUGCGGCCCUGACGGACCACAAGAUCCUGUUCCACUCUACAUCCUACUCACGCAUGUCUGAUGCCUGCCAGGCUCUCUGUGCUCUCAUGUUCCCCAUUAAGUACAGCUACGUGUACAUUCCCGUACUCCCAGCCUUCCUGAAGGAGGUUCUCUCCACUCCAACUCCCUUCAUCAUCGGUGUGCACGCCUCUCUCAAGAACGAGAUGGCAGAUCUGUUGGAUGUGAUAAUAGCAGACCUGGAUGGGGGCUGUCUGACUGUACCAGACUGUAUCAGUCUGUCCCUGCUACCAGAGCCACUUCUGUCCAGAACAAAGCUAGCGCUGUCUAUGGUGCUUCAUCCUGACCUGCAUGUGUCUGACCACGCAUUCCCUCCUGAGUCCACAGCACCCUCACCCCUACCCAUGCUGGAUAAAGAGAUCCGAGCCAUUUUCCUGCGACUGAUAGCAGAGCUGUUUUUUGGGUAUCGAGGCUGCCUGACCCUCAUCAGGAUCCACCCUGAACCAGUCAUCACAUUCCAUAAGGCCACUUUCCUGUCUCAGCGAGGGCUGAUUGACGAUGAUUUCCUCACCAAGGUGCUGGAUGGGAUGUCGUUCCGACCGUUUGUACACGAGAGAGGGCCGCCCUACAGACCAUGUGACAUCUUUGAUGAGCUUGUCUCCGGGAUUACGACUGUAGUGAGAGAUGAGGGGGCAGACAACAAGAGAGUGAUGAAGAAUGUCCAUGAGCUGGCCAGGCAGCUGUACCUCAAUGAGAACCCGAGCCCCCAGCCAUACGUUGAGAAGAUCCCCAAAGCGUCAGAGGCGGCCCAUUCACGGCUGCCCCAGCCUCAGUUCCCGGUCCUGAGCGAGUUUCUGGUGCAGCAGGUCAUUGAGGACGCUCAGGCCAAGAGAGCUCUCACAGCGCCCAAGAUGACAUCACUUAGAGUACAGCAGCCAAGGAUUGUGCCAUGUGGAGAGAACAGGAGGGACAAGUACGCCGGCCUGAACAGCAGUGCACGGAGGUUAGAGGUCAUGAGGAACUGCAUCAACUACAUCUUUGACAACAAGAUACAAGAAGCAAAGAAGUCGUUCCCUGCAGUUUUACGAGGCCUGAAGAGUAAGGUAACCCGGCUGGCCCUGUGUGACGAACUGAGCCUGCACAUGCAGCAGAACAGGGUGGUGUUAGAGAACCAACAGUUUGACAUGGUGGUGAGGCUCAUCAACUGCGCCCUGCAGGACUGCUCCAGUAUGGAUGAACACGGUGUGGCUGCAGGGCUGCUGCCGCUCGUCUGCGCAUUCUGCAGGAAACUUGCCCCAGGAGUGAUGCAGUUUGCGUACACACUGGUCCAGGACCACCCUGUGUGGACUAACCUGCAGUUCUGGGAGGCUUCCUUCUACACAGACGUACAGAAACACAUCAAGGAACUCUACUACCAGCCGGACAGGAACGGAAGUGCCAAGGAUCCCCAUGAACUAGAGGUGCCAUCUAGCCCGGGAAUGAGGAGGAGGUCAGAGGUCAAUAGGUCAUUGGAAAAGUCUGCUCUUGACAUUGCAGCAGAACAGUUGAGAUUAUGGCCCCAUCGGUCAAAAGAAGACCAGCAGGAGUUGGUGAAUAAUGAGGAGAGUACAGUGUACAGCCAGGCGAUCCACUAUGCCAACAGGAUGGUGUUCAUGCUAGUUCCGCUGGACACCAGUAAGGGCAUACGGGUCAACAUGGGCAACGAACCGGAGAGUGGCAGCAAUAGCAACGUGACAAGCAGUAUUGGAGGCAGUGACAGUUUUGAUGCGGAGAGUGCGCAGUAUGGCGAGGAGGAUUCUGACAUGACAGGAAGCGUGUGUCGCUUCAUCACCAGGUUUGUGGACAAGGUUUGCACGGAGAGCGGGGUCACUCCAGAUCACAUCAAGGCUCUACACGCAAUGGUACCAGGUGUUACAGCAAUGCAUGUAGACUCCAUGGAACAGGUCUGUAGAGAGAGCAAGAGGCUUCCACCUAUACAGAAGCCGAAGAUCCUGAGACCAGAGCUGCUGCCAGGAGAGGACAUUGUGAUGGAAGGUUUGCGGUCGUACCUGAUCCCUGACGGUCGAGAGGAGGGCACGGGAGGCUCCAUGGGGGGUCCUGCCCUGCUCCCCGCCGAGGGGGCCGUGUUCCUCACCACAUACAGGACCAUCUUCAAGGGGAUUCCCUGUGAUCCUCUGGCGUCAGAGCAGAUCGUAGUGAGGUCCUUCCCCGUGGCAUCCCUGACAAGAGAGAAGAAGAUAAACGUGCAAUACCUGUCACACAUCAACGAGUGGCUGUCCGAGGGUCUGCAGCUGAGAGCCUGUACAUUCCAGUUGGUGAAGUUGGCGUUUGACGAGGAGGUAACAUCAGAAGACAUCGAGACGUUCCGUAAGCUGAUUAACCGUCUGCGGUACCCGGUCGGGGUGCAGGAGAUGUUCGCUCUGUCCAGACAUCACGUCGGGCCGCGCACCAUGAUACAGAAACACAAGGAGAAGAACGCUACACUCAAACAUAUAGAUGCGAUACCUGGCCGGAGGUCCAUGUAUGGCACUAAAGAUUGGAGGAUUGGGCAACACAGCAGAGCCCUGAGCAAGACCCUCGGGAAGGGAGCGAAGAAAGCGGGGAAGCAGAUUGCGAAGAGGACGAAGUACAUGCUGCCUACAGACAGCAUAUUCAUGGCGAAGGUGGACGGAGACGUCAGGAAAGCUGCAUCACUGGAUGAGCUAGCUUCAGAUGAUGCUGAGAGCCGACCAUCUGAAAAGUUGAGUCUGGAGAGACUGAAGGAGCAGGCUGCGUACAGGGACUACGUCAGCUGGGUCUGGGCUCGCUCAACGGGAGCCAGGCACGGCAGAAAACUGAACCAUUCAGAAUAUCACAAGCAAACGUCAAGUACCCCCAGUUACCCCGCGCUGAUUGUGGUUCCCCAGUCAGUGUCGGAUGAAAGCGUGAGGAAGGUCGCUCGCUGCUACAGACAGAGCCGGUUGCCCGUGGUUACGUGGAGACACCCCCGCACACGAGCAGUCCUGAUGAGAUCGGGAGGGUUCCACGGGAAGGGUGUGAUGGGGGUUCUGAAGUCAGCACAGAAGUCAGCGCAGCUGGUACAGGCUCCACAGUCAGGUGGUUCGUCCGACACCUCCAGUAGUGUGGAACAGGAGCAGUACUUCUCAGCUCUGGUGUCCGCCACCCCCGCAAGUCGCUCUGGUACGCUCCGACAACUCGACCUUUCACCUUCCGAGUCGCUCACGUCGCUCUUCACCGUCAGGACCAGCGACCAAUCGGAUCCCUCGACGCCGGACAGCCAGAGGAAGGAGGCAGCCAAUAGGAAGCUUGCGCCAGUGCGCCAAGGUUCGGGCAAGUCAUCCAAUAGCAGCAUUAGCAGCAUUAGAUCAGGGUUCAAGCACUGGAACAGCCUUCGCUCCAGCGGGAGGGCGAGUUCGGGAAGCCAGAUCGACACCGGGCUGAGACUAGCGUUUGAGAACGGUGCGCUGUCCAAGGAUUCUGGAAUCAGCAACGGAAGCAUCCAGAACAUGCACGGCUCCGUGCUGUACGCGUUUGGGGAGAAGUCACAGAUGAAGGGAGUAAAGGCAGACCAGUUUCCGAAGUGUGACUUCAUCCCUGUGGAUUUUGUGGAGGUUCGUCACAUGAAGGCCAGCUUCAAGAAGCUGAUGCGUGCGUGCGUCCCCAGCGCUCCGUUCACAGACCCCAACAUGGGCUUUCUCAAGGCUGUGGAGGAGUCAGAGUGGCUACAACAGAUCUCCCACCUGCUGCAGUUGUCAGGUGCAGCGGUAGACCUGUUGGACAUGCAGGGAGCCUCUGUACUGAUCAGUCUGGAGGACGGCUGGGAUGUCACGACUCAGGUGGUCUCUCUGGCACAGGUGCUGCUGGACCCGUACUACAGGACUGUGGACGGAUUCAGGGUUCUGGUAGAGAAAGAGUGGCUGGCAUUCGGCCACAGGUUCUCCCAUCGCUGUAACCACACCCAGGCCUCUCAGGGCAGCGGCUUCGCACCCGUCUUUCUGCAGUUUCUGGAUGCUGUACACCAGGUGUUGCACCAGUUCCCGUUGUCCUUUGAGUUCAACAGUUACUACCUGAAGCUGCUGGCCUUCCACUCCGUGUCCGGCCGCUUCAAGUCCCUGCUGAUGGACUCAGAGUACGAGAGACUAGAAGCCGGGCUGCUGACGGACAAGGACAAGCACAAGGGCGUACAUGGAGACGACCCCACAGGGUCGCUCAAGGGCGCGGCGAAGGAUUCUGGGAAGCACGCGCAGAGCCGUACGAUCUGGGACUACAUCAGCCAGCUGCACACGUCCUCGCCGCUGCUCUACAACGUCAACUACCAGCCACAGCAGGAGUCUCCGGUGCUAAGGCCGUACUCCUGUAUCUCCAGUCUUCGAAUCUGGGACUACUUUCUGGAAGAGGACCUGUCAUCUGGCCAAUCAUACGACAGAGAACUGAUGGCUCUGGCCGUACAGCAGCAUGCAGAGGAGGUGCCGGAGGAACAGCUGUCGCCUGUCAGCAACCGCAUCAUCGUCAGCGCCUGCUACGACAACAUCAACCAGCACCAGCCAAACAUCCUGGAGUGGCUGCUCAAGGAGAGCCGAGACCUGGAGCAGGAGCUGGGCCACCUGCCGCUGAAGUGGCGUUUCCUGUGGGACAAGCUGGAGGACAACUCCUGCACGCCUCGUCCCAGGAAGCCCUCCGUCAGCACACAGCUGGUGCGCGCACACGGGAUAUCUACUCACAAGAGGGCAACCAUCGAGGUGCUGAUUAAGGGCAAGUUGUCGACAGGAGCAGAGAAGGCCUUCACGCACCCGCACAGGUUUGAGAUGGCGUCCUUCCCCACCCCGACGUACUGUGACUUCUGCAGCCAGAUGCUCUGGGGCAUUGCCAAGCAAGGCCUGAGAUGUGCAGACUGUGGGUACUCCUGCCACGAGAGGUGCAGGGAGAUGGUACCGAAGCACUGCCGGCGUGUCCGUGCCCUCGCGGACGGAGGCGUGGGAGGAAGCAUGGUGCGACUGGACUCGGAGUCGGACAUCAGCAAAGCUUCGUCCACCUCCAUGGUGAUCCAGGGUCCGUCGGACGGGACACUGUACGACCAGUUCUCCUCAGCAAGCGAGGAACACAGUAUCCACGAGGGUUACCUGUACAAGAGAGGAGCCCUGCUGAAGGGAUGGAAACAGAGAUGGUUCGUUCUGGACUCCAACAAACACCAGUUGCGGUACUAUGAUGCAAUCCAUGACCAGCACUGUAAAGGGUUCAUUGACCUGUCAGAGGUCGUGUCAGUGACCCUGAGUACCCCCCUGCCUGGGGCGCCCAAGAAGACAGAAGACAGGACCUUCUUCGAUAUGGCCGACCAAAUUCAAAUGCAAACUUCUCCAGGUACCUCCUCAGCGAGUCGCCAAGAUUCCCCGGCCGCCUCCUUGAGCAAGACCCGCGUCUUGCUGGCGGUGUUUGCCGUGCUUGCGUUAGCGGGGCUCGCGGCGGCGAUAGCGGUUCCGCUGGCGAACAAGGCCCGAGAGAGACGAGACGAAACCCCGGAGGUACAGGCCAGGAGGAUUCUACGGGAAGUUCCCAUGGUGGACGGCCACAACAACCUACCUUCGCGCCUGCGCAUGGACGCGCAGCAGCUGCUGGAGACGGUUGACCUCACGCAGGACCUGAGGGUCAUCUAUGACGUCACCGAGAACGACAUCCCGCGCCUGCGCCAAGGGCUGUCCGCAGCACACAUGUGGGCCGCCAAGAUGACGUGUGACGCGCAGUACCGUGAUGCAGUGCGGCGGGGGUUCACACAGGUGGAUCUGAUAAAGCGCAUGGUGCGCAUGUACCCGGGAGACUUCAUGUUAGUCACGGAGGCGGACGGUAUCAUGGAGUCGUUUGAGCAGAACAAGAUCGGCAGCAUCAUCACGCUUGAGUCAGGGCACGCCAUCGACAGCAGUCUGGCGCUACUGCGCAUGUUCUAUGACCUCGGCGUGCGCGGCAUGACCUUGACCUGGCAGUGUUCGACUCCGUGGGCGGAUUAUGACGGAGAGACGCGCAACCCGAACCCUCCCCAUAACGGGUUAACAGACUUCGGCAAGCUGGUUGUCAGGGAGAUGAACCGACUGGGGAUGAUCGUUGACCUUUCACACGUGUCCGACAAGGUCAUGCACGACACGCUGGAUAUUAGCGAGGCGCCGCUCCACUUCAGCCACUCCGGUGCGUACGCCAUCUGUAACACAACCCGGAACGUCAAGGACGACGUGCUGCUCAGGAUGAAAGAGAAGGACGGAAUCCUGAUGAUUCCUUUUAUAGACGACUUCAUCGGCUGCAGAUCCAACACAGACACGGACAAGGUGCAGCUGAGCGAGGUGGCAGAUCACUUUGACUACGUCAGGAACCUGAUUGGUGCAGACUACCUGGGUAUCGGCUCGGGGUUCGACUGCUGCACGAGAGACCUGUUUGCGGAGGGUCUAGAGGACGCGUCCACCUACCCGAACCUGUUCGCUGAGCUGCUCCGGCGCGGCUGGACCGAGGAAGAGCUGAAGAAAAUCGCCGGACUGAACCUCAUUCGCGUCUGGAAACAGGUGGAAGUGGUGCGAGACCGUUUGGCGGCCGCGGGGAUGGCGCCGAUAGAAACGCUGAUCCCGGCAGCGGACACGGCGGGCGAGAUCUGCCGAACAUGGGUCGACUAGCGCCGAGAAGUGCCA